CAAUAACUUGUAGGUGGCUGCGCGUUGCCAGAUCCCACGGCGACACCUUCUGUUCGGCAGAUUUCGCAUUAAUUAAACGCGAUUUAAACAUAUAAUUUGCUGCACCGCUCCACCGCACAACCACACACACAGACAAAAUGGCUGCUUCGAUGAGGGCGCUGCUGAAGGUGCGAGAUGGCUUUGUUGCCGGCGUGCGAUGCAAUUCGCAGUACAACAAGACGCGCGGUAACCUGAAGCUGACCAGCGACUCGCGGGUGAUCUGCCAGGGAUUCACCGGCAAGCAGGGCACCUUCCACAGCCAACAGGCUCUGGAGUACGGCACCAAGCUGGUCGGCGGCAUUUCCCCCAAAAAGGGCGGCACCCAGCACCUGGGCCUGCCCGUCUUCGCCUCGGUUGCCGAGGCCAAGAAGGCCACCGAUCCACACGCCACCGUUAUCUAUGUGCCGCCACCCGGUGCUGCGGCUGCCAUCAUCGAAGCCCUGGACGCCGAGAUCCCGCUGAUCGUGUGCAUCACUGAGGGUGUACCCCAGCACGACAUGGUGAAGGUGAAGCACGCCCUGAUCAGCCAGAGCAAGUCGCGUCUGGUGGGACCCAACUGCCCGGGAAUCAUCGCCCCCGAACAGUGCAAGAUCGGCAUCAUGCCGGGUCACAUUCACAAGCGCGGCAAGAUCGGCGUCGUCUCUCGGUCGGGAACCCUGACCUACGAGGCUGUGCACCAAACCACCGAGGUGGGUCUGGGACAGACCCUCUGCGUGGGCAUUGGCGGUGAUCCGUUCAACGGCACCGACUUCAUCGACUGCCUGGAGGUCUUCCUCAAGGAUCCCGAGACCAAGGGAAUCAUCCUGAUCGGAGAGAUUGGAGGUGUGGCCGAGGAGAAGGCCGCUGAGUACCUCACCGAAUACAAUUCGGGCAUCAAGGCCAAGCCUGUGGUCUCGUUCAUUGCCGGUGUCUCGGCGCCACCCGGCCGUCGCAUGGGUCACGCCGGUGCCAUCAUCUCUGGCGGAAAGGGCGGUGCCAACGACAAGAUCGCCGCUUUGGAGAAGGCCGGCGUUAUUGUGACCAGGAGUCCUGCCAAAAUGGGCCACGAGCUGUUCAAGGAGAUGAAGCGCCUGGAGUUAGUGUAAAUAAACAAUGGCCAUAACCAAACCGGAAUCCUUACGCAGAACAAAGCGUAUACGCAACUCAUGAUGAACUAAACCUAAACUUAAGCUGAAAGUGUCGAAAUCGAAAUUGAAUUCGAAGAAAACCCUAAAUAAAUUAUUGUGAAAAGUCGCUAAAGUGGACGAGUAAGGAUGUGUGAGACGUGUAUUCCAAGAAUUAAGUUAACUACUGCCGAACCACCCAAGUUGAACUAAAAUAACUCGCACCAAACAGAAUUUCAAAGUUGUUAACUGCACUCGUCGGCUUUUAAAGUUAGUUUUGCGAAAUAUUUUGCCUUAUUUUUAAAUACCUGCUCGAAAUAUCAUGCGAAAUGUAUUUAAUUGAAAUAAAUAUGCAAAAACGGGAA